GCUUCAGUUGAAGUUUGUCGCUGGCCGCGUUCAGUUGUCCGUCCGGCUAGAAGGCGGAAGACCGGGAAAUACAGACGCGAUACAGACGCCCGAUAUUUCCCCCCCCUGCCGCUCCCCUCUCGCACUCGCACUCGCAGCGCAAGAUCGCGGGAAAUCAGGAAGCUCCGAAAACUCGGAUAACCGUUUUUAUUUUUAUUCUCCCCCUUUGGUUCGUUCUCGCCUCUGUUACUCUGUUACUUCUGUUACGGCUUUUAUUGAAUUUACUCCUGUUACUUCUGCUACUUCUGUUUUUCGUGUCUUACGUUUGAAGCCCCUCGCCGAUUUCCCGAUUUCCGAGGGAAAACAUCCAGCAAUUAGUUACCACAUAUAUGUUCUGUGUUAUCAAAAACGCGAUUCUAAAGACAAACACCUUAACACUUUAAAUAAGAAAGUAGCUGUGUGCCCUCGAGCAAAUGAACCGAAAUUAAAGGAGAUUACAAACAACGCUAUCAAGCAAAUGCAGACAGUUUUAGUGCGGAGAACAAAGGCUAGCAGCUAACAACAAUCUGAGGAGCACAAGCAACCAAGUGCAGAGUGGAAGGGUCAGCAGCUCAAAUCGACAAAUGAAAACCAAAAACCAGAUCAACAUCAUCUGCUCCAACUGCCAAUGCUUUAGCCACUCGAGCCAGGGAAUCGCCAUCACCGACGAGAAGAACGUCCUGAGGAUCCAGAGCUACACCUACAAGUGCUUGAACCACAAUCCGCGACCUCGGAUACUCCGCUGAU